CACGCCCACUAAUCUAGCUAAUUACUACAAGCAUGGACCUUUAAACAAAGACAGAGACUGAUGUGAGCUGUGAGCUAGCUAGCUAGCUAGCCAUGGAAGAGAGCUGUACUUGUAGUAUCUGUCUGAAGAGACUAAGAUGUUCCAGGCUUGGAAAACCUGAGCCGUGUGACCAUGUAUUUUGUUACAACUGCAUUUUGGAGUGGGCCAAGAUCGUGAACAGUUGUCCAGUGGAUCGUAUUAAGUUCAACACCAUUGAAGUAUUUAAUACUGUUCUGGGAGAGUGUGUGGAAAGAGUCUAUGUUCCAGAUAAGGCGAUAGAAACUGAGGAACCUGAUUUAACUCAUUGUGAGGUAUGCCAGAACCAUCACAGAGAGAACCAACUUCUUCUCUGUGAUGGAUGCGAUAAAGGGUACCACUUGGACUGUUUGUCUCCUCCACUGCCUGAGGUACCUCAAGACGACUGGUAUUGCCCUGUCUGUAAACCAAUCGUUGACGCACAGCAUCAAGCAGAUUUCUCGUCUACUGAAACUGAGGCCAGCUUCGAAUGGGACUCUAGCUCAGGAUCUGGUAUCAACACUGGACCGAGACGUAGCGAAUCAAGAGUGGUCAUAACAGAUACAGAAGAAAGUGAAUCCGACUCUGAUAUUGAUGAAAUUAGAAUACAACGAACUGUUCAGAACGUUUGUGCGAUUGGAGCCCCCCGGAUCCUUGUUAGUGAGAGCUCUGAUGAAUCAGAAGACAUGGACAUUGUGAAUGAUGAUGUUGAAGAUCAAAGUAAUACCACCAACUCAUCAUCUGGAGAGCCGUGUAGAGCACCCAUCACUACUACUGCUGUGACUACUCAAGCCCAACCAUCUGAUGAUUCAAGAGCUUCGUAUGUUGAACUCUUGAGACAAUUUUCAGGGAGUAGUACAGGACGACAACCGACCAUACCCAUCUCAAGACUCGGAAAAGACUCGGCUAGUGCUCCUGUCAAAAUGGAAGCAGACUCGUCUUCAAAAUCUCACCUUCGAAUCAAACCUUGCUCCGUUUUAGUUAUACCAAUGUAUCCCCGGUUCAGAAUAAAGUCUCAAGUUUCCAAUCUUCUACAAACAUCGCAAGCAAGUAAUUCUAAAUUUUCGACAGCUGAUUCCCAACCUUCCACUUCAAGACCAAACACUCUACCCAAAAUGACGACCAAAAAAAAGAGACACAAACGCAAAAGACCAAAGUUAGUUCUUGGCAAGAGAAAACGAUCUAAAACAAAGAAAAAAGAGAAAAAAGCCGCUCGUAAACUCCUUAAAGAUGCACUAUAUCAAGCGAGACCCCAUAUUACCCCUGCACAACGAGAGCGAAUGAAAACCAGAAGCUUGGCCCGUACUGUGGCUUCUUAUACUCCUCAACAGAACGUCUAUCGAGCUGCUGUUAGAGAGUCAUACAGACACACUGACUUUAACACCGGUCUUAAGAACGCUCGGAAAAUCAUCCUCGAAUCUGGAGCCUCAUUCCUACACACACCACAGAGAAAUUUCCCCACCCCUCAGUCUGGCUAUGUCAACCAAAAGCUCAAAAAAAUUCCCAUGAGAAUUGCUUCCGAGAUUGGGAGGAGAACAGUUCCUGAGGGAAGACGACUCCAAGAGAGAAGCUCUACUUACAUCACCACACCUUCUCGCUCAGGAUUGAGUACUGGGUUGAGUGUCGCUACUGGAGGAAAUGCUGGGCUAUUAGAUGAGAUCCGGCAGGGUCUAGAUGACCUCAACAGCAAGAAUAACAUUAUACAGAGGGAUGGGACCAUCAUACCACUGAGAGAUGAUUCGAGUGAGCCAGUCACGCCCACAGACAAGCAGCCCUCUCCUCCUCCCCGUUGUAAUGAAAUCAAAACCACCACAGAUUGUAUGUACAACUCUAGUGACUACUAUGACAUCGAUGAAUGGAGGAACGACUCACCGUCCAAUAUCGAAACUGAUCCAGUCAAUGGACAAGUGACCAGCCAAGCUACCCCACUAUACCAGCAGCAGCGUACAUGUACGUGGUCUAUGGUUGACAGAACCAUUCGUGAAUCACUCCCCCCUUCACCUCAUCCAGUCAAUGGACAAGUGACCAGCCAAGCUACUACCCCAAUAUACCAGCAGCAGCGUACAUGUACGUGGUCUAUGGUUGACGGAACCAUUCGUGAAUCACUCGAUCCCCCUUCACCUCAAGAGCCCUCCUCCUCUACCGUCAAUGUGACGUCACUACCCACUGUUCGAUACCUUAUUAAGACAGAAUUAGACCAGUAUCAUUGUAUUGGAGAGGUCACCAGUCGUCAGUAUCAACGAAUAUUUGAAAGAGCCACUUCGAAGGUCAUGCAGGGAAAGGCGACGAGUGUGGACAGAGUUAGGAAACUUGUGGCCGAUUAUGUGUUUCUGUACAAUAAUUAAAUUAGAUCACAUGACAUCGUUGUAUUACAAUAUAUAUGCAUUUUGAAUCAUGUUACUCUGUUAUAUUAUUAUGCAUUGCUG